AAGUACAUAAUACAGGGUGGGCCAGCGAAAAGUUUAAAUUUAAACUUCAAUUCCCGCGCAAACCUGUGGCGCGCGGUUUGCGGGGAGGGGUCAAGCGUGUAGCUCGUUUCUCGGAAAUUUAGUCGCGAUGGAUCGGUUCACGGGGCCGCAGCGCGCCUUUUGCGUGAAGCAAUUUUAUUUAAACCAUUUUUCGCCCACUAUUGUAAGGCGUUUGUUUCGCUCUGAGUACGACUUACACGACCUAAAUCUAUGUCCGAGUGUAGUUUUAAUAAAGAAAUGGGUUGAGAAGUUCGAAGAGACGGGAUCCACACUAAAUAUGAAACGAGAAGGCACCACACGGACUACCAGGAGUGAAGAGAAUGUUCUGCGAGUUUCGGAUUCAGUUCGACAAAAUCCAGAUUUAUCGACGCGCAAACGUUCAGCUGAAUUAGGAAUACCACGCACAUCUGUACGCCGUAUUUUGAAAUUAGAUCUGAAAUUACAUCCAUAUAAGAUUCAGUUGGUGCAGGAAUUGAAGCCUAAUGAUUUAAAUUUACGCAAACUUUUUGCUGAAACAAUGUUAGAGCGCUUCAAAAGCUUCAACAACAUCUUGUUUUCUGACGAAGCCCACUUUCACUUGAACGGUCAUGUUAAUAAACAGAACUGCAGGUAUUGGAGUACAGAAAAUCCCAAAGCUAAGCAUGAGAGACCUCUUCAUUCGCCUAAGGUGACAGUAUGGGCAGCAAUUUCGUCUAAAGGAAUCAUUGGUCCUUAUUUCUUUGAAGAUUCUCGCGGCCGUACGAUCACUGUCAACUCAGCUGAGUAUGUGAAAAUGUUACGUGAGUUUCUGUCCCCUCAGCUACAGGAAUUUGAUGGAUACAACAGUCGAACGUGGUUCCAGCAAGACGGAGCCACUUGCCACACCUCAAACGAGUCCCUGCCGGUGGUUAAAGAGCUGUUCUCGAAAAAGCUGAUUUCGCGGAGAGGUGAUAUCCCCUGGCCACCCAGGAGCCCUGACCUGUCACCAGCAGAUUUUUUUCUAUGGGGAUACCUAAAACAGCGUGUGUACAACCAUAAACCAAGGGCACUACGUGAAUUAAAAGAAAAGAUUAGGGAAGAGAUGGCGGCAAUACCAAAGGCUCUAUGCGACAGAGUAUUGACAAAUUUCCAUUCUCGUUUGCAAGAAUGCCUAAGUCGCGACGGUGGUCAUUUAAACGAUAUUAUUUUUAAAAAAUAAAUUCCCAUCUUUUGACUUUAUAAUAAAAAAAGAAUUUUUAAAAUAUUACCUGUAGUUUUUUUUCUGUGAUUUUUUUAAAUUUAAACUUAUCACUGGCCCACCCUGUACUAUUUGCAGGUUCAUGGAAAAGUAUUCGGCGGCAAAAAUGGGCAAAGAGCCAGACCUAAGCGAUUACAAAGAGUUCAAGC